GCAAAUCAGCGGCGUGAUGCGUCGAUCCAGUCCACUCGUGUUGGCCCACUUCACAAAAAACCUAGCUACCGGGUGCGCUAAUGCGCUGCGCCACGGUCAGUUAGCGUUCGGCUGUGGAGAAAUGCGCGAGUGUCCGGCACACUAGUAGACGUACUUUUAUAGUUUUUGUAGUGUUUGCAGUGAAAAAGUGUGAAAAAAUCAUUUCCGUGUAGUAAAACUAAAGAGAUCUUAUAAUGCUUAAGAGAAAUAUAACCUGCAGCCUCCUUUUGGCAGGCGCCAUAAUCGCCUUUACAUGUCCUGCGACUACAGAAGCCACUUACAAUGUAAAUUUGUUGCGCUUGCGUACUGAACCUGCCGCGCUGCUGCGUCAAUCACAAAAUACCUUCAUACAAUGGGUGCUCUCGCUGUUGCCCAAUCGACCGAGUAUAUUCGGUGGACCCGGCGCUCCGACCACAACAUCGCCUGAUGGUUUGACCAGCACCACAGACUUGCCACCAGCACCGCAACCAGCAACCGCUACACCAGCCACGGUGACGAGCACUACUUUAGAACCCACAACACCAGCACCGCCGAGCACGACCAGCACUGUCGCGCCCAGCACUACGCCAGCACCACCGCCAAUCGUACUGAAUCCGCCACGUAAUUGCAGCGAGUGCGUUUGCGGCAUAGCCAAUACUCAGAAGCGUAUUGUCGGUGGUCAAGAGACGGAGGUGCAUCAGUAUCCUUGGAUGGCUAUGCUGUUGUAUGGAGGUCGUUUCUAUUGCGCCGCUUCGCUUAUCAAUGAUCAGUUCCUCAUCACCGCAUCGCAUUGUGUAUAUGGCUUCCGUAAGGAGCGUAUUAGCGUGCGUCUGCUGGAGCAUGAUCGUAAGAUGUCGCACUUCCAGAAGAUCGAUCGCAAUGUCGUCAACAUUACCACACAUCCCAAAUAUAAUGCGCGCACUUAUGAUAACGAUAUCGCCAUCAUACAGUUGGAUAAGCCGGUGGAGAUGACUGAACUUUUGCAUCCGGUGUGCAUGCCAACACCAGGCAAGUCCUUCAAGGGUGAAACGGCUAUUGUGACCGGUUGGGGUGCUAUUAAAGUGGGCGGUCCUACGGCUGAUACACUGCAGGAAGUACAAGUGCCCGUUAUGUCGCAGGAAGACUGCCGCAAAUCGCGAUACGGACCAACACGCAUUACGGACAAUAUGUUGUGUGCCGGUUUUGAUGAAGGCAAGAAAGACUCCUGUCAGGGAGAUAGUGGCGGCCCGCUACAUGUAGUCGCGCCUGGAACCAGAGAACAUCAAAUUGCCGGCGUGGUAUCGUGGGGUGAAGGUUGUGCCAAGGCUGGCUACCCUGGAGUCUAUGCCCGCGUCAAUCGCUAUGGCACCUGGAUUAAGACAGUCACCAGAAAUGCAUGCCUUUGUCAUUCGGAGACUAAGAAGAUAAAGAAAUUCUAAGUUAUUUGCGGGGGAAUUUGUGUAGACGUUACAGAGCUUGUCCGACGUAAGCUCUCAUAUUUAUUUAUGUAUUUAUGCCGUUGUUGAAUGGUUUAGUUAAGUUAUUUUGUAUUUACCGCUUACAUGCUUAAUUUAUUUAUUUAUUGCAUUUAUUGAAAUAAUAAAAACAAAAUAUUCAAUUAUAA